GCUGGGGAGCGAGCCGCGGCCUCCCCGAGCCUCCGCGGCCACACGACCCUCCCGGGGCCCAGGCCCGGCCAGAGUGACCACCCUCGGGGGGCCGUGGCGGGGGAGACAAUGUCCCGGUCCACCUCCACCGACGAGGGAGCCACGUUUGAACACCUCUGGAGCUCCCUGGAGCCGGACAGCACCUACUUUGACCUCCCGCAGUCAAGCCGGGGGAGUAACGAGGCAGUGGGCGGUGCGGCGGCCGACAUGGAUGCCUUCCACCUGCAGGACAUGGCCACGUCUGUCAUGCCCCAGUUCAAUCUGCUUAGCAGCACCAUGGAGCAAAUGAGUGGCCGCGCGGCCUCGGCCAGCCCCUACACCCCGGAGCACGGCGCCAGCGUGCCCAGCCACUCGCCCUACGCCCAGCCCAGCUCCACCUUCGACGCCAUGUCGCCCGCGCCCACCAUCCCGUCCAACGCCGACUACCCCGGCCCCCACCACUUCGAGGUCACCUUCCAGCAGUCGAGCACGGCCAAGUCCGCCACCUGGACGUACUCCCCGCUGCUGAAGAAGCUCUACUGCCAGAUCGCCAAGACGUGCCCCAUCCAGGUCAAGGUGGCGGCGCCCCCGCCCCCCGGCACCGCCGUCCGGGCCAUGCCUGUCUACAAAAAGGCGGAGCACGUGACCGAGGUCGUCAAGCGCUGCCCCAACCACGAGCUCGGCCGGGACUUCAACGAAGGGCAGUCGGCCCCCGCCAGCCACCUCAUCCGCGUGGAGGGCAACAACCUCGCCCAGUACGUGGACGAUCCGGUCACAGGCAGGCAGAGCGUCAUGGUGCCCUACGAGCCCCCCCAGGUGGGGACGGAGUUCACCACCAUCCUGUACAACUUCAUGUGCAACAGCAGCUGCGUGGGGGGCAUGAACAGGCGGCCCAUCCUCCUCAUCAUCACCCUGGAGACCCGAGACGGGCAGGUGCUGGGUCGCCGCUCCUUUGAGGGCCGCAUCUGCGCCUGCCCUGGCCGUGACCGCAAGGCCGACGAGGACCACUUCCGCGAGCAGCAGGCCCUGAGUGACAGUGCCGCCAAGAGCGGGGCCGCCAGCAAGCGCGCCUUCAAGCAGAGCCCCCCUGCCAUCCCAGCUCUGGGUUCCAACGUGAAGAGGCGGCGGCCUGGGGACGAGGACAUGUACUACAUGCCCGUGCGGGGCCGGGAGAACUUCGAGGUGCUGAUGAAGAUCAAGGAGGGCCUGGAGCUCGUGGAGCUGGUGCCGCAGCCGCUGGUCGAGUCCUACCGGCAGCAGCAGCAGCAGCUCCUGCCGCGGCCGAGCCACCUGCAGCCUCCGUCCUACGGGCCCGUCCUCUCACCCAUGAGCAAGGUCCACGGCGGCGCCAACAAGCUGCCCUCAGUCAACCAGCUGGUGGGGCAGCCGCCCCCGCACGGCCCGGCAGCCGGGCCCACCCUGGGGCCCGUGGGCUCCGGGAUGCUCAACAGCCACGGCCACCCGCUGCCGGCCAACGGCGAGAUGAACGGUGCCCACGGCUCCCAACCCCUGGUCUCGGGGUCCCACUGCACACCACCACCCCCCUACCACGCUGACCCCAGCCUCGUCAGUUUUUUAACAGGAUUGGGCUGUCCAAACUGCAUCGAGUAUUUUACCUCACAAGGUUUACAGAACAUCUACCACCUGCAGAAUCUAACGAUAGAGGACCUGGGGGCCCUGAAGAUCCCGGACCAGUACCGCUCGGCCAUCUGGAGGGGCCUGCAGGACCUCAGGCAGGCCAGCGACUGUGGCGGGCAGCAGCUGGUCCGCUCCAGCAGCAACGCAGCUACCAUCUCCAUCGGCGGCUCAGGCGAGCUGCAGCGCCAGCGCGUCAUGGAGGCCGUGCACUUCCGCGUGCGCCACACCAUCACCAUCCCCAACCGCGGCGCCGGGCAGCCGCCGCCCGACGACUGGGCUGACUUCGGCUUCGACCUCCCGGACUGCAAGGCGCGCAGGGCGCCCAUCAAGGAGGAGCUCGCCGAGGGCAAGGUCAACUGAGGGGACCCUGGCUGGAGGCAGGACCUCCGGGCCGGGCCCGACGAGCACCCAGACAGCAGGGAGCCUGCGGGUGACUUCCUGGGGCGAGCAAGGGCACGGAGACCCAUGUCCCCCGGGAAAGGGUCCUGGCCCUGCAGCCUUUGGGGAUGCUGCCAUCUCCCUGGGGAGAUCCUAGGACCAAGAGGACCUGCUUUGCUGACGGACUGCCAAAACAGCUCCCCAGCGGCCUUCGGUCUUGGGGGCAGAGUGGCUGGUGGUUGUGUCUGCAGCGCGGCAGAAGCGGGUGUGGACACACCACGUGCACCUGCCUCUGCAAGCAAAGCCGUUGUUUUCAGGGUGACCGUCCUGGCCCGGAGCGGGCGGCCGCCCUCCCUCCACUGGACCCAAGGAGUGGCCGGGGGCCCCGGCUCAGCUGGCCACCAGCCCCAAGCCCCACUCCCCGCGGACCCCGCUUCCUGCCCGGGAUGGACGGGAAGGUCCCGCUGGGCGAAGGCGGGAGGAAGCCGCCGUGGAGCCACCCUGCUGGGAUGCGAGGACACCGGGGUCCGCGGCUCCCGGGCACCCGGGCCCACAGCACGUUCCUUCCAGCCUGGGAACCAUCCUGUUUGAUAAAGCCGAGCUCUUUUCUA